AUGUGCUUUACAGAGGAAAACAAAGACAGUUUGGCUGUAGCACAUUUCACUAGCGGCAAUGUAGAAAUAAUGAAUCCUCUGAAAGUGACUGAAUCUCAUGUGAUAAUUGACAUCAGAGAUCUCUCCCAUUUUGGCAUCUUAAAAAGAAUGAUCUUUCCUCCUUCUCCUGUCAUUGCCCAAGUACUUCUCUUUCUACGACCUAUAACUGUGAAACAGAGUGAAAACAUACUGGAUGUCCAUUUACUCCCCUGGAACGUUCCACUGUCAAAGGUAAAGGACCAGCACACAGAGAAUACACACAUCAAAACCAGUUCAAAGUGUUCACUUAUUCCAGAAUCAGAAUACCAUCUGUGUUGUGAACCAGAAGAAUCUACAGUGCAGCCGGCGUCAGAGACGUUUGAGUGUAAUUAUGGUCCAAACUAUCAUCCUACAUUUGAAGUUUUUGUGGAUGUUAACAAAGAGGAAAUCGUACUGAGUCUUUUGGAUAAAACAGAAAGGGAAGUGUGGGAACGACGUCGAAUACCUCUCACAGGAAUAACAUCAAGCGAAGUUGGAGAACCUCAUGCUAAAAGGCUCACAGAAUGUGAAUUUGUGAAAAAACACCGAGAUGUACUCAUCCGGAGAGUUUCAUCAGUGAUGACUAUUGCUGAUGGUCUGAGGACCAAAGACAUGAUUCCAGAUGAAAUCUACAGUAAAGUUCAUGCUCUAGAACCACGACAAGAGAAAACAAGACUCUUGUUAGAUGCUCUUCACUCCAGAGGAGAUACUGUAAUAACAGAAUUCUAUAAACUGCUGAAGAAUGAGGAACCUCAUCUAGUGGAUGAACUAAUGUCUGGACCCAGUAGACCACAGCAAUUCUGAGAAAUAAAUAUUUCACUAUAAAUUAUAUUACUUCUAUGUACUCCAUAAGUUUGCAUAAAAACCCGAUGAUUGUGUUCUCCAGCAUGAUUUGAGAAUGUUGCAAAGACCAUCUUUGUACAGAAUCCAUGAAUCUUAACUAUUACUCUAUAACUUUUAACAGUUUAUUUUCUCUUUGUAAAACCAUUAUCAUCUGUGUGCACUUUCA